CCUUUGUCCAAUGGCUCACCUUCUCAACACUUCCUUUCUGCGUUCUUCCUCGGCCCUUCGCCGGAGACCAAUUUUGCCGCCUUCAUUCCGCGCCGCUACUGGUAACCGGAGCAAAACCCAGAUUCAGGCCAACAUCCGGGGAUAUUUAUGCCGGCGCUGAGCUCAGCGAUUACCGAAGGGAAGAUCGUUUCUGAAGGAGAUAAGCUCUCCAAAGCAGAGAGUAUAGUGGUGGUCGAGUCUAAUACGGCCGAAAUGGACGUGGAGACCUUCUACGAUGGGAAUUUUGCGGCAAUUAUAGUGGACGAAGGUGGAGUUGCGGCUGCUUGGUCUACUACUAUCGCUCUAUUGGCAGAGACGGGGCAUGAAAUUGACCUUGCUAAGUCUAAAGCUAACUCUUCACCUUACCUUAUCCCCUUCUACCUCUGGGCUAACUCCGUCUUCUGCGGAGCGGCAAUCGGAGAAAGUUCCCGAUAAUGUUGGACCAAGUUCGGCGGUGAAAGCUUCUCCGAGUUGUAGAGAUGGCAAGAGUUUUAUGUCUAAUAGUAGCAUCAACUUUGCAGUUGCUUUGGCUAUGGAUGGUGGACUAAUUACAUCAGUUCUUGAUAAGGUUGGCGUCCAUUCACUGUCUAGAAAGUGGAGGGAAUUGGUUGACAAGGCCGGGCCCAAGCAGUUGCAACUUCAUGAGUACAGCACAGGGAACCACUUUACAAUUCAGAAUCUGGAGGAUGAGGGAAGCUCAUGGGUCUCAACAUUGUUGUUGGGACCAAUUUUAUCAGUGGUUUCUCCUCAAGUGGCAUAUGCAAGUGACACAUUGAAGACAAAUGAGAUAUAUGAGAUUGGAGAAUUAUUUGAUUUAGGGAUCCAAUUAUUGUACUUGAUAUUGCUAUUAGGUUUGCUAGGGGUUGGGUCAUACUUUGUGAUUCGCCAAGUUCUUGUUCGCAGAGAACUUGACCUUUCUGCCAAGGAGUUACAGGAACAAGUAAGAAGUGGCGAUGCGAGUGCCACUGAACUUUUUGAGCUUGGAGCAGUGAUGCUGAGGAGGAAAUUUUACCCGGCUGCUACUAAGUACUUGCUUCAGGCUAUUGAGAAGUGGGAUGGAGAUGAUCAGGAUCUUGCCCAGGUCUACAAUGCUCUUGGUGUCAGCUAUAUCCGUGAUGGGAAGCUUGAAAAGGGAAUUGCUCAGUUUGAGACUGCCGUGAAGCUUCAACCUGGCUAUGUCACAGCAUGGAACAAUCUGGGUGAUGCCUAUGAGAAGCAAAAGGAAUAUAAAUCUGCUCUGAAGGCGUUUGAAGAAGUCCUUCUAUUUGACCCUAACAACAAGGUUGCUAGGCCUCGGAGAGAUGCUAUGAAGGAACGUGUUCAAAUGUAUAAAGGCGUUCCUGUAAAAUCAAAAGAGAGAUGAUUGCCAUUGCUGUAACCCAGUCAUAUUAAUAUGGCAGAAAGUACAAGUUUUUUACAUUUUUUUUUUCCAUAUCAGGCUUGGUAUUUGAGAGAGGCUUGGGAUUUGAGAGAGGAGCCCAGAAAGUUCAAACACCUUCAAACUGGUAUGAUUGAGUGUUAAAAUUGAUUUGUGUUUGUAAGUGUUGUUGGUUUUCUCUGAAGAGGAUGGUGAAUUCGUUUGCGCUUUUUAACUGUGACGUAGGGCUGAUGCUGAUGGUAGUGGGGCCAAUUUUAAUUGAGGAGCUGUAAAAACUCCACUGAUGUUGACGUCAAAACAUUAGUGAUGAGUAUUUUAUAGGUCUCUUUGUAGAAA